UGAAAACGUCGGUGUUUGUUUGGGGAAUUCCCGAGCAGAUGCUGUUAUUAUGGAUCUUUUAUCCUCAAAAGAAAUUCUAAACUAGAAACUCUUUUCUUCAGGGGGUCACACCCCUAAACAGCCCAAAGAUUCUCCAUAUGAAAAUAUGGCAAUAAAGCUGGCUACGCUUUUAGGCAGUGCCUAAUUCUAUAUUAUAAACAUUACUUUAUAGGGCUUGGGACAUAAUGAGGACAGACCUACCAAUCUGAUUUAGCUUUCAAAAAUAUUAAUACAAAUGUGACUGAUAUGAAUAUGAAAACACAUGUGAAUAGACAUAUUGUUCCAUACUUUGCAAAAAAAAAACACCAGCAACCUACAUCUAUUUCAAUUUCUUUCGUUUGGUUUUUUUUUUUCCAAUUUUCCCGAAAACUUUUACAUAGGCGCCAAUUGGGGCCCAGUCUACGCGCGAUGAGCAGCCGAUAACAACAAACAUGAGAGCGAGAGCUGAGAGCGCGGUAAAUGGCCGGCGAUAAAAUUCCUGUCGUGUUCUCGUUAUCCAAAGAUCUUACUUAUCCUGCACUUCGGUGCUCUAUCCAUCACGGAGCUCUAACAAUCUGUCACGGGAACAUUCUCGGAGCUUUCAGGCGUGGUAGACGAAGUUAAUCGGUGAAGCGAAGUCUUUGGAAGAAUAAACAACACGACAACCAAAACUUUGACAACGACAGCCCGAAAAGUCAUUCAAACUCUAAUCUAAAGUCAACAUGUCGACUGAACACGCAUGGUACAUGGUGGACAGGCUUCGUGAAAUUUUAAAGUCUGAUUAUUUUGAUAAGGAUUCGUUUGACGAACGAAGGUUGAAGUUGUCGCAAGCGUUUUGCCUUAUGUGGCAGGAUAAAGAGAAUGGCGAAGUUUCUGGUCGACAAAAAUCUGGACCCCCGGCCGCUGCGGCUAUUGUGGCCGUGCUUAUAGAUCUACUAAUCCUCGAGAAAAUAGAAUUCGAAGUUGAAGUGAAGCAGUGGAUGACAAGAAGGAGAGAGAUUAUCUAUGUGAAGGUAGCUGAGGAUAAACCUUGUGGGACCUUCCUGGACAAAGCCCUCUUUUCUAGUAUUCUCAGACAUCAUAAGGCCAACCCAGACAAGCCAAAGACAGUUAACGAGUGGAUAAUACAUGGCUGCUCAGCAUUUCCUACAUGUGUCACAGAAAUCUUGGAAAGUCUUGUCAACAUGGAGAUCUUGGAUAAGAAGGAUGUGCUGUUCUGGAGAAAGUACCCGACAAAAAAUCUAGAGCCCAAGUCUGAACUAACUGAGGAGAUACGCAAAAUUGCACUCUCGGCACAUCCUGCAGAUGGUUACAUGUGGACCCUACUUAAACUCAUGAAAGAUGUCGAUGCUUGUGCAUUCAGAAAAGGAACUUUCUUUCCCAAAUACUUUUCUGAGAAUGAGAUUGGAGAAGCAAAUGCUAGUAUUGCAAAACUAACUAGUGUACAAGUUCUUAGUGAAGCUGGAAGUAAUGAGAUUGUAGCCAUGGUUGAGAUCAAUGGGGAGAGGUCAGAUGAAGGCUCUAAGACUGAAGAUGUCAGUACCUGUAAACCUGAGGAUGUGGACGUAGUAGAGAAAGCAGAAGGAGAGGGUGUAGUCAGGGAGAAACGUGAGGUGCAAAUUGAAACAGAACAGACAAAAGAAGGUGCUAGCACAGAAAAUAAAGAGAACCCAGAAAACGAUGUCACAGAAUGCAAUGAAGAAUUACCGGAAGAGGGGAAACCAGAUACAGAAAAAGAAGAGGAAAAAGAUGAGAAAAAGGAUGAUGGUAGCACAGAGCAUAAAGGUAACCCAGAAAAAGCUGUGGAAGAAUGCAAUGAAGAAUUAACAGAAGAGGCAAAACCAGAUACAGAAAGAGAAGAGAAAAAAAAUAAAAAUGAGGAUGAUAAGAAAGAGGAAGGAACGCUGGACGAAUCUGCCGUUGAGCAGGAAGAAGAAAACUUAGAGUUGGAUAAAGAAACAUUGCAGAGCUUAAAUAGCAGUGAAUUAAAUACCAAGAUGUGAGACAAACAAAUUGUUGGCAGAGCCAUGACAUUUCUGGCAUAACAAUGUCCCCUUAACACAAGCUGGCUUCCAUGAAUGUUUGGAAGUUCAACGUGCUGAUGAUAUCAGCCAGUUCUUCUGCUUAUCUGCACAUGAUAAGAUGGGUACAACACAUCACUAUCAUCACAGUGGUCAGAUAUGAACCAGGAAAUUCAGCCUGCAUUUAUGGUUUGCAGUGUGUGAGACGUUUUGAGGUUUUUCAAUUUUGAGAAACAAAUUUAUUAGCAAAAACGUUUUUAAGGUUUUUAAGCCUGGCGGAAAGUUGACCAUAGAAAGUAUUAUUUCUUUAUUAAAAUGAUAGUAGUAAUAUAUUCACAAAUCUCUUACUAGCACAGAGUAAAAUAUUUAAUAUAUUUUAACACACGUAGAGUUAAAGAUAGUAUUAAAUAAGAUGAUAAACAUUUUCAUCUUCAUCUUCAUGUACAAAUGUACGUUUGGUAACCGAUGUUUAAGAAACACGUUUAUAUUAAAAGAAAUGUUAGUUAUAAAAAAUAGUUACUUGAUUUUAUUGAUAAUAUUUUGCAGUUUAUAGUUUGUUAUUGUUUUGAAAUAGUAUAAAAAAGCAGUGGUUCUUGGAAAUAUAUUUACUGGGAAUACACAUUAAAAUAAUACGACCACUGCC